UUCAUCUCCCCAAUGAACGGCCUUGGCUUUUCUUUCAUCACAACUCUCUAACUUAUUUCACACUCCCUUCUUCCUCUCCAUUAACUAACAACACUGGUCUCCCUCUCUCUGUCUCUCUGUCUCUCUAUCUCUCCCUCACACUGUCUCCAUUGCCAAUCACUCUCAAUUUCACCCCUUUAGCCUUUGAAACUACUUAAUGCAAUGUCUAUAGUUUGUGUCGAAGGUAACCCACCAUCCAUGUUUAAUCCGCCUACAGACGACCACAAAAACCAGGAACCACUAGUGUUUGAUGCCUCGGUUCUUCGGCACCAAUCCAACAUUCCCAAGCAGUUCAUAUGGCCGGAUGCAGAAAAGCCAGGGGACAAGGCCACAGAGCUGUCUGUUCCACUCAUAGACUUGGGAGGCUUCCUCUCUGGAGACCCUGCUGCAGCCAUGGAAGCAACUAGGCUUGUGAGGGAGGCAUGCCAGAAGCAUGGCUUCUUCCUUGUUGUUAACCAUGGGGUUAAUGAUAAACUCAUAUACAAAGCUCACCAGUACAUGGACAGCUUCUUUGGGUUGCCUUUGGCCAAGAAGCAAAGGGCUCAGAGGAAGCUGGGUGAGCACUGUGGAUAUGCCAGCAGCUUCAUUGGCAGGUUCUCUUCCAAGCUGCCAUGGAAAGAGACCCUUUCUUUCAGCUAUUCAGCUGAGAAGAAGUCAUCCAAUGCUGUGCAAGAGUAUUUCCUCAACAAAAUGGGUGAAGAUUUCAGUGAAUUCGGGCAAGUGUACCAGGACUACUGUGAGGCCAUGAGCACGCUUUCCCUAGUGAUCAUGGAGCUGCUGGGGAUGAGCCUGGGUAUAGGCGGAGCCCAUUUCAGGGAAUUUUUCGAGGAAAACGAUUCGAUAAUGAGACUCAACUACUACCCCCCAUGCCUAAAACCCGACCUCACUUUAGGAACAGGGCCUCAUUGUGAUCCAACAUCUUUAACCAUCCUUCAUCAGGACCAAGUGGGUGGCCUUCAAGUGUUUGUAGAUGACAAAUGGUGGUCCAUUAGCCCAAAUUUCGAUGCCUUUGUUGUUAACAUCGGCGACACCUUCAUGGCUCUUUCAAAUGGAAGGUACAAGAGCUGCUUACAUAGGGCAGUGGUAAACAGCCAAACUCCAAGAAAAUCUCUUGCUUUCUUUUUGUGUCCAGAGAAAGAUAAGGUGGUGAGGCCACCAACUGAACUGGUGGACACCAAGAGCCCUAGAAUAUAUCCGGAUUUCACUUGGUCCAAUCUCCUCGAAUUCACCCAGAAGCAUUACAGGGCUGACAUGAAAACACUUGAGGUUUUCUCUAGCUGGCUUCAACAGAAAACAGCUGAAGCGGUGUAACCAGUUCGGGGCUUCUUCUUGUCCUUCUUAUCCUACCAAACGACAUCUUUCAGAGGAGAUCAAUCGUGGUGGGGGAGCUUUUAGCUACAGUUUGGAGGAAGACAUGUGGCAAAGUAAAAAAAGAAAAAAAAAAAAAAAGGCAAGAGCAGAUACAAGUGAUGAAUAAAGAGUCUUAAAACUAAUGAGCUAAAUUUUUGGUUUUUUCUAUGAUGAUAUAGAAUCAAUAGUAUUACCCUCUCUCCAUGUAAAAUCCAUAAUAGAGAAUAGGCCAGUAUCUCUACUGUUUCAAGCAACUCCAUCUAAUAGCAAACUUCCCUUUUCUUCUCUUCUCACCCCUGUUUUUUAUUGUAAUCUCUGUCUGCAUGCAUAAGUAUAUACUAUAUGUUUGAGCA